AUGUUCAAACGCAUGACAGACAGGCUGGGCCACAUCGGCUCUUCCAAGUCCCCCAACAUGCAAUCCUCGCCGUCCUCGUCCUUCUCGACCACCCUAUCUGCCGGCCUCUACACAGAGCAUCGCGGAUCGAUCUCUACUGAACGCACGUCCGCCAGCGGAUGGAGCAAGAAAGCCGACCGCCCCGCCUGGGAGCAGGAUGACUACUUCGAGCCCCCGCGGACACUCGUCGCGCAGCGGCCAAAGGGCUCGUACUGCCUCCCCGACUUCAUUGUCCAACGGACGUUAGGCACGGGCAGUUUCGGGCGCGUCCAUCUCGUCCGGAGCAAACACAACUUGCGGUUCUACGCGAUAAAAGUGAUGAACAAGGAGAAGAUUGUCCGCAUGAAGCAGGUCUCGCACACCCGCAACGAGCAGAUGAUGCUCCAAGCCGUCCAGCACCCGUUCAUCAUCAACCUCUGGGGCACCUUCCAGGACACCGCCAAUCUGUACAUGGUGAUGGACUUUGUGCCUGGCGGAGAGCUCUUUACGCUCUUGCGACGAUCGAAUCGAUUCCCCGAUCCCGUGGCGAAAUUCUACGCGGCGGAGGUGGCGCUAGCGCUCAACUACCUCCACUCGCUCGAUAUCAUUUAUCGUGACCUGAAGCCGGAGAACAUCCUCCUCAACUUCGACGGCCACAUCAAAAUCGCCGAUUUUGGCUUUGCAAAAUACUGCAACACGACUGUGUGGACGCUGUGCGGUACACCAGAUUAUUUAGCCCCUGAGAUAAUCGGAAACGCUCGGUACAACAAGAGCGUAGACUGGUACGCGCUGGGCGUGCUGACAUUCGAGAUGCUGUCGGGGCUACCGCCGUUCCAUGAACCAGACAUCACACCGGUAAAAUUAUAUGAGAAGAUUGCGAGGGGGCCGUCGUGCAUCACCUGGCCGCUUAUCCACUCGAACGCGAAAGACCUGAUUCUCAAGUUCAUGGAAAGCGAUCCGUCGAAGCGAUAUGGAAACCUGCGGCACGGGGCGGGAGACGUGUUUGCGCAUCCGUGGUUUAGCGAGGUCGAUUGGGACAAGCUGCGUCGGUGCGAGAUCCAGGCGCCGUAUAUGCCCCAAAUCUCGGGUGACGGCGAUGCGAGCGCAUUCGACAGUUAUCCUGAGAUUGACGCAACGAUGUUGUAUGGCGUGCCGACUUCAGAUCCUUACGGGGGCCAGUUCCCUGACUUUGAGUACACAAGCUCAUAG